CUCGACAAGCAAGCAAGCAAGGAAGACGAACAAAAGCACAGUCAUCAACAACUUUGGCCAUUUCUCACUUCCCCACAGACUUGUUUCAAACAAGCAACGAAGAUGAGUGACAAGUCGUUGCUGUUGCAUCGCUUGGUGUGGGCGAACCAGCACGAUCGACUUGCACACACCCUCGCCUCACAGCAGCUGGAUCUGGAGGAAAAAGACAACUAUGGACGCACGCCCUUGCGCUUGGCCGUGUGUCUCCAACACACGGAAUGCGCACAGCACUUGUUGGAAGCAGGCGCUGAUGUCACCACCCAGGACAAGGAAGGCUGGACAGCGGUGCACGACGCAACGGCAUGUGGCAACGGCAACCUGCUGGCUGCGAUUCUGCUCAACCGGCAGUACUGGCUGCAGUCCGUGUCGGAGCACAGCGUGCCGCAGCUGCUGACUAUCUUGGACGAUGCGCCCGACUUCUCCGUCGACCUCAAGUGGAACUUCAGCUCGUGGGUCCCGUUCCUCUCCGGCCUCUGCCCAGACGACACCGUGCAUAUCCACAAGCGCGGCAUGCGCGUGCGCAUGGACAUGACGCUACUUGGCUUUGAGAACAUGCGCUGGAUCCGUGGCAACCGCACCAUCAUCCUCAAGGCCACGCCUCGCUCCGACGACGGCCGAAACGUCGAUGUCGACAUCAUCAACGUCGACCACGACACGCGCACAUGCUUCAUCGAGACGGUGCAGGACUUGGCAGGUGCCACCGACACGCCCGCCAGCGCCGACAGCCCCGGGUUUCGCCAGGAGCUGCGCUCUCGCCUCGACAGCCCCGUCACCACCACCGUCAUGAACCAUGAGCAGGUGUCGUUCCACAGGGCAAAGGCCGGCGUGUGGGGCUUCCAACGCGACCGUGUGGACACAAUUGGCGGCUACGAAUGCAGCGUCUUUGGCACCAGCGGCAUUGAGUUUAUCACCAAGCAGAGGGUGGAGCAUCUGCCGAAAUCGCAUCCAGCGCGCAAGAAGGCAAAGGCAUCAGUGAUGAGCCGACUGGUGAACAUCGGAGACGAGGAGGAGGAGGAUGAUGAUGAUCAUGGUGAGCAGGACGGUGCAACGGGUGCCAAGGGCGAUGGCAGUGACGGUGAUGAUGGUGGCUCGCGUGGUGGCAUCUUCUCGUGGCUGGUCAGUCGAUCCAAGCAGUCUGAUGAUGAGGAGGAUGAGAAUGAGGAUGGUGACGAUGACGAUGAUGACGAUGACGAUGAUGAUUACGGCCACGACGAAGAGACGGCGCUUGUGAGAGAUGACGGUGCGACAACAGCAUCCAGCGCAAAGAAGACGAAGGCGGGCGCGACCAAGAAGAAGUGGAACGAAGUGUUGUCGUUUGAUGAGUACAACACAGGCACGCUGCACAAGGACAAACUUGGUGCACUUGCCCACGCCGUGGGUGCACCCGCAAAGCGUCUUCGCAAAUGCUGUCAUCGCCAGGAGCACGUGGAUGUGCUGUCGCUCACACGCGCCCAGCGCACGCAGCGGCAAAAGUUCAAGCCCAUGCUGUGGAUGUGUGAUCGUUUCCCGCUCUCCCUCCAGGAACAGAUCCUGCCUGUGUUUGAGCUACUCGCGCCAACCAACCACCACAUUGCCAAGCUGCGUGACUUCAUUUCGCUCCGCCUGCCCGGUGGAUUUCCGGUCCAGAUUGAACUGCCGCUCUAUCGCGUCCUCACGGGCCGCGCAACGUUUGAACACUUUUCUUCCCAACCGCCAGACGAAGAGUUGUUUGCAGUUCCCGCCGGCUAUCGCGUGCUCUCUGAGGGCGAUGUUGGCGGCAGCAGCGAGGAAGCCGCACUCGCACGUGCACUCCAACAGGGCCUUCAUGGUGGUGUCGACGCAACCAACGACUACGUGUAUGAGGCGGAUCUGCAGCGCGCCAUUGCGGAGAGUCUCGCCACAUCAUCGUCACAGCAGCACGUUGGCGAUGGUGAGACGGCCGCCAGCGAUAUCGUCACAGAUGCAGAGGUGCACGAUCCAGACCUGGCCGCCGCCAUUCGCGCUUCGCUCAUGAUGGAACAACAACAACAGCAACAACAACAGCAUGCUGGUGAUGAAGGUGAUGUUGACACAGACCACCACCAGCAACAGCAGCGGCCACCGGACGUGAGCGCGGUGUCUGGGGACGAGGAUGCAAUGCUGCGUCUUGCGUUGGAACGCUCAAUGUUGGAGACGCAAUCGGCAACGGCUGGGCAGUCCCGGCAGGAGCGAGAGCAGCAGGAGCAAGAUGAACUCGAGCGUGUGCUCGCCCUCUCCUUGCACGACAAGUGACGCAUGCGUGCGUAUAUGUGUGUAUGUGUGGUUAUCUGUGUUGAGCUGUGGUGAUCUGUGUUGAUCUGUGGUGAUCUGUGUGUGCGUGCGUGUGUGUGUGUAUUUUCGUGUGUGUAUGUGUGCACCUGCUGCAACUCGCCAUUCAUCAGCCCUCGUUCAUCAGGGAUCCACGUUAAUUUCCUCUUGUUAUGGCUUCAUUGCAUACUUCUCAAUGCCCAGUUAUGCCAACAUAAUAAAGCACACACACGCACAGACAUUCACUC